AUGUCAGUUAAGCGAAAGCGUGCCGCAACGUGCAUCAAGAAGACAGCGUCAUCGACUUCGACCAAGAAAUCCACCUCAAUUUGCACCACGACUUCGACCAAGAAGACGACAACCACAUCCUCAACUUCGACGAAGAAGACCACCACGACCACCAAGGCUGCGUCUACAUCGACAAAGAAGACGACCACCACCUCUUCGACCAAGACUACUGCGACUGCCGCCGUCACCAGCGUGGCUGCCAGCACUGGCCCUAUGAUCAUGGGUGGUUACUGGCCAUCGUGGGCUGAAAUGACACCCGAAGACAUCGACUGGAAUCUCUUUGACCUCAUGGCCUUCGCAUUUGCUACCCCUACGACGUCGGGAGGUGUGUCCAUUGACAGUGGUGACGCGGCGCUGCUCAAGCGUCUCGUUACUGCUGGUCACAACGGAGGCGCCAAGGUCAUCGUCUCCCUCGGAGGUUGGGACAACGGUCAGGGUUUCAGUCCUUCUGUGUCCACUGCAACUCUGCGACAGACCUUUGCUACUAGUAUUCUGAACUUUAUGAACACGUACAACCUCGAUGGAGUCGACUUGGACUGGGAGUACCCCAACUCUGCCUACGCCACCAACUACAACUCUGCCGAUGCUGCCAACUUCCAGACUUUCCUGCAGACUCUUCGAGCCACCCUUGGCGCGGACGCCAUCAUCACUGCCGCCGUCUCCGAUGAGACCUGGAUCUCCAGCACGGGAGGAACUGUCUCAAACGUCGCUCGUGCUGCUGGCGCCCUCUCGUACAUCAUGAUCAUGAACUACGACGUCUGGGGAGAGUCUUCCACCCCCGGUCCCAAUGCUCCCCUUGCUGAUCUCUGUGGCAACAGCACUCAGCCCAGCGCCAAUGCCGAAGCCGCCGUGAAGCAGUGGUACGCCGCUGGUAUGCCCAAGAAGAAGAUGCUCCUCGGUGUGCCUUACUACGGUUACGUUCAGGCCUCGACCAAGACUUCGCUCAUCCAACGAUCCCUCCUCGACGAGCCUGAAACCGAAGCCCAGAGGCGAGCUGUACAGAACCGUGCUCUUGGUGGUAGGCCCAGGAGAUCCGAUGAUCCUCGCCUUGCGCAGCCCGAGUCUGAGCUGGAGAAGCGCAAGACCUCUCUGACCACUGGACAGAUGAAUUUCAACGAAAUCUUUGCCAAUGGUGCCAUCAAGCGAGGAACUGGUAGCAGCACCGGAACUUACGUCGCCGGCUCUGGCUGGACCAAGUACUGGGACGACUGCUCGGACACACCUUUCCUCUCCAGUGGAAACCAGGUCAUCACCUACGAUGACCCUGCUUCUCUGUACGACAAGGCCUACUUUGCCCGCCAGUCUGGUCUCGGUGGUACUAGCAUGUGGUCCGUUGAUGGAGAUACCGAGUACUGGAACCUCACCCUGGCCAUGAGGUCCGGUAUGGGAAUCUAA